AGGUGUUAUUUUCAGUGUUUACAAACUUUUCCAAAAAUGACUUUCGAGGAGCAAUUAAUUGCAAAAGUUCGCGCAAAUGAAGUGCUUUACAACGUGAAAAAUGUAAACUAUCGACGGAAGAACGACAAGGAAAGGCUCUGGCAGCAGAUUGCAUACGAACUAAACUGCUCAGUGGAAGUUUGCAAACGCCGAUGGAAGAGUUUGCGGGACAAAUUCAUUAAACUGAGCAGAGUGGAGCAGUCUGCCCGAGGGACUUCCGACGAGGAGCAGCCAAAGAAAUGGCGUUAUUUCGACAGCUUGACGUUUCUGCAAGGAUACAACAAAAGUUCACUGGCAACGGCAAACUUCCUGGACAGCAUGUACCUUACCGAGGAAAGAUACGUCGAUAUCAAAUGUGAACAUCCGAACGGUAGACAGUUCGUGCGGGAAGACAAUGCCGUGACGGUGGCCGUCGAGUGCAGUUCGGGGAUUGUAAAUACCGACAGAUAUACCGCCACGGACGCUCGCAAUGGUGCCACCGUUACGCUCGACGUCCAAAGUGGCACCGUGAGCGGCGGUCGAAAGCGUCAGCUGGAUCUCAUCGAAACGGAAUGUGUAAAAAUCAUUCGUACCGCAGCUGAAGCGAUUCAAAUGGAGGCCAGCUGUAACAUUCGCAAGACCAGCACGCAAAUGCUGUUCGAGGCUCUAGCUCAUCGGAUCGACGAAGCCAACCUACCGGCUUCCCGCUUGAACGCCCUCCAGACGGCCGUGACCAACCUAGUUUAUUCGUCCUUAUGAACGGCAGCAGGACAGGGAAUUUUUACAAGCUGUAAGAGAGUGGUAUAUAAAGAUUAAGAUUCACUUGCAAAAGGAAUUUCCGCUGCAAUAUACAACCGAUGGGAUUGGAAGACCUUAACCGGGCGUGUGGCAAAACACUUUACGUAAAUGCUCUCUUUCUCUGUCUGUCACUUUAUUAGUUCAUGGUCGCUAUAGAUUCUUUUUUAGAAUAAUUCUCCGUAGUUGGUUAUGUUACGAAACGUAGAAAUACGCAAUUAGUUUGUCUUAGAGAGCGCCAAGCCAGACGAUUGGAUCAUGCAAUAAUGUAAUGUUCAUAUUGUACAACAUUAGCAUAAAACACUGUGUCCAGAUAGUUUUCGAAUUUUUCACGAAAUCUUUUGUUACGAUAUUAAAAGAGGAAACACCGGAAAACCCGCGUUUGGGCCUGCGCUGGACAUUAGCUCAAAGUGUUUUCUAAAGAUUCAGAAAAUCAAACUUAUUACUGUACUCUAAACUAAGGGUACAAUGUACAAUUAAGGCAUACACAUAAAAUUGCAAUAAAUACAAGUAUGUUAUGUGCUUUCG